UUUAGCUCAAGCUGUCAUGAAUUUGGAACUGCUGGAAAGUUUUGGAAAUAGUUAUCCUGAUGAGGCUGAUGGCAUACUUGAAAGUGGCAGCAUGACUCUUACCUGCGCAUUCAACAGACACGGUUCACUUUUAGCAGCUGGUUCGAAUGAUGGACGAAUUGUUAUAUUUGAUGUCAUUACUCGUGGUAUCGCAAGAUUUUUACAAGCUCAUGUUCAUCCCGUUUGCUCCUUAAGUUGGAGUCGGAAUGGAUUUUUAUUGUUAAGUGGGAGCAUGGAUUGGACUAUCAGUGUAUGGGAAGUAUUGAAAGGUGAAUGUUUGUACAGAUAUCGAUUUCCAUCACCCAUCUUAAGGGUACAGUUUCAUCCCAUUGAGACAGACGUUUUUCUUGUGUGCCCUAUGAAACUUAGACCUGUCUUAGUCAAGAUAAAAGGUGAGCAAAAGCACAUAAGCUUUGAUGAAGAAGGAGGUGAGCAGAAUAUAUUUGCAUCAUUUGAUCGCCUUGGACAAAGGAUUUUUACAGGAAACAGCAGAGGUAAAGUUUUGGUUUUUGAUUCAAACUCUUUAGAACUCCUUACCUCAUUUCAAGUAACAACUGGCUCUAGUACAACGACCGGAAUAAAGAGUAUAGAGUUUGCUCGAAAGGGCAGCAACUUUUUGGUCAACUCUUCUGACAGAAUCAUUAGAGUUUAUGAUGGAGAUCUUGUCAAAGCAACGAAAGGUGAACCACAGCAAGUGGAACCAGUGCAAAAACUACAAGAUCUAGUCAAUCGAACUCAAUGGAAGAAAUGUUGUUUUAGUGGUGAUGCCGAGUUCAUUUGUGCUGGUUCUGCCCGUCAACAUGAUUUAUAUAUAUGGGACAUGGCACAUGGUAAUUUGGUUAAGAUAUUACAUGGACAAAAAGGAGAACACCUGCUCGAUGUAGUUUGGCAUCCUAAUCGACCAAUAAUUGCAUCAGUUGCCAGUGGAGUAGUUUCUGUUUGGGCACAGACACAUGCAGAAAAUUGGAGUGCAUAUGCUCCAAAUUUCAAAGAAUUGGAUGAAAAUGAGGAGUACGAAGAGAGAGAAUCAGAGUUUGAUAUUUCAGAUGAAGAUAAAAGUGUUGAAGACAAAGAUGAAAAUAGAGAAGACAACAUAGAUGUUGAUGUAGUAACCUGCGACCCUAUCAAAGCUUAUAUUGACAGUGACAUUGAAGAUGAGGAGGAGAUACUCACAUUUAUACCUAUUACUCCAGAAAUUGAAGAUCCAGAGGAUGGAUUCUGGGCAAUGACUGAGGAAGAAGUCACAAACUUAGAAAAAAUGAAACAAGAAGAAAAAAAACAUCAAGAAGAACUCCAGAAGAAUACUAAGAUUGUUGACGUUAAAUAUGAGGGACAUGAAAUCCCAGAGAAUCCUCCAGAGUUGGUGACUCUUCCUAAAAAGAGUGAACCGAAAGUAAAGAUUCCCAAACCCACCGCUCCAAAGCCAACUAAAGAUCAGCUACCACCACCUCCCAUUGACAUGCCACUCGACAUUCCUCAUAUAGACAAAACAAGUCAGCUUUUUACUGAGGAAAGGAUUCAUGAGGAUGAUAACCAGAUGAACUGAUGUUAACCAACAGAAUAAAUUAUAACACAAAUUUCUAAUAUUAAGACUAUGUAUUUGAAAAGGUGCUGCUUUUGUUGAUUUAUAUCAGAGAGAAUGAACAGAUCUAAUGUUGUCAAACUUCUUUCAAGUUAUCCAAUUUUAUUAAUUUGUUUCUAUAUUUCAUCUUUACUGUAUUUGUUAAGUUUGUAAUGUAAUUUUAAUUAUCAUUUAUC